GGGCUGGCACUGCUAAUGCGAGUUAAUUUCUGGGUGAAACGUACAGGGAAACUCGCCUCCCAAGUUAUCUCGCAGCUCGGGACCCAGCGGGAGAUCGGAGGAAAUUUAACGCCGAGAGACCUCCUCAGUUGAGACAUUUCAGCGCGUUAAAACUUCAGGAGGUUUAAUCAGAAAGUUCAAACAUGUUUAAAAUCUGGGCAGUGGUUACUGUGCUGGUUAUCUUCACCUGGAACGUUUCUUCAGCCAAGGCGCAAAAAGAUUUGGCAAAGGAUUCUGACAGGAGCCACCUCAAUGAACUGGAGGGUUCUGGUUACCCAGGGCCAAGCCUAUACCCUGACCAGAUGGAGGACCAUGGCUCUGGCUGGGCUUCUGGAGAUGACACUGACAGUGAUGAAGAUGGUGAUCUAGAUGACAAUGAGGAUGAAGAGGAACUUGACAAUUACAUCGUUGAGGAUGAGAACAUGCCAGUCAAAGAGAAUCCUAUUCAGAGCAAUGAGGUGCUCUUGAACAAAAAUGCCCCGUCGCACGACAACAUCGACAACAGGGUUGCCAUGGCGAGCACAAACAACAACAGCAGCAUGUUUGCAAGCACAGAGAUGCUAGCAGCAAUGAUUGCUGGUGGUACCAUUGGCCUCCUGUUUGCCAUUCUCCUCAUCCUGCUGCUAGUCUACCGCAUGAGGAAGAAGGAUGAGGGCAGCUAUGACUUGAGCAAGAAGCCCAUCUACAAGAAGGCCCCCACCACAGAGUUCUACGCAUAAACCUUAGCAGGAACUUCUGAACAACAGACUUUGUAUUCUCUCCAAGAGCUUCUGCCUUAACAAGAAAGAAGUGGAGCAACACUUGCAGCUAGUUUAAAGUCUCUGCUAAUCUUUUGUAUAUUACACAUGAAAAGUAACAAAACCCACUGUAAACUGGGAUAAUUUGUCAAUCCCAGAUUUUGAAAACAUUUUGUAAAGUACGAGGCUGGAAAACUACCUCUGGCAUCGUCUAUUGUCCACAAUGAGUAUUUCUGCCAAGGUUUGAGGAGGAGGAGGAGGUAAAGAAAGAUUUCACUGUCCUAACAUUUCCAUUUUUUUGUUUUUCCCUUGCUGUCUUCCUUGGGCAGGUAACUCGAUGGGUUAGCCUCGCUUUCCCACAAACCUGCAGUCUCAAACACUAAUCAGCCAACUGCAGCAUCCCUUUUCAAGAACCACAAUUGUAUUUCCUUCUGGAAGUUUUAAACAUCAGACUGCUUUGAGAGUUGAUCUUUCCCAACACAGGAAAUUGUUUUCUGUUGCUUUUUGCAUCCUGUGCUUUCUUCUCCUCCCUGAAACUGAUAAAUUGGAUUUUGUUAAAUUGCUAUAGUCAUGUGUUUAAUCAUAGAUCAAUUUUGUAGCAUUUUGCUAGUAUACAACUACAUUCAUUGACAAUCUUUGUAGAAUUGGUUCUAACAAAUUCCAUGCUUUUUAAAAAUUAAUUUAAUGCUUUAAUUCCCUCUAUUUCCAUGUGACUUUUUUUGAAUACAAUGUUUUGGAUGAAUGACUUAAAUUCUAGGACAAUAUUUCUAAUUGCAAUUUCAUUUUCUAACCAAUGUGGCAAUUGAUAGAUUCCCAUCACUGGGGCAGCUGUCAUUUCCUUUAAAUUGAUGCAUCACAAGAUGUAGGUCAGUCACAAGUGAGUGAAAGGUUUCCUUUUUAUUGGAGAAAGGAAACUUGCAAAAAAAAAAAAGUUUCUGAAAAUGCCCUUUAUUUUCUGCAGGUAGGGGCAGAACAAAGAAACUGCCAGCAUGUCACAGUUGAAUAGUCUUCAAUCUUCACUUACUGAAUUUGACCAAGGUUCUUGUUGCUAGGAGACUUUGAUAUUCUGUAAGAAAUGUGCAAAAGUCAACCACCUAUCAGUUUGCACUCCUAGUCCCUAGGUACUUGAGGUCAUUUUAAUUUAAAUCCUUUUGGGGAUAUUUUGUACACUAAUCUCUCAAGUAGUUGGAAUCUCUUAAUUUUUGUAUAAACUCUAACGUAAAGGCCUUGGACAUCGAUGCUUUUUAUUAAAUUGGCAGACAUGAACAUUUGGCUGGGUUAAUUCCUCAGUCAGUUUCAUGAGACUAACAUCCUAUGACAAUUGGAAUGAACCAGUAAAAGAAACUGAUCUUUUACAGACACUGAAACUUUUGGGUUCUUUGUUUGUCCCCAGUGACUUGCCAUUUGAGGAACCUUGGCUCUGGAAUAAAUUAAAUCUUCCUAUGCCUCGGUGUACAAGUAAAUCUAUAGACUGCAGAGUAUGGAAAACCAGUUUGUGGGUUUAAAUUACAUCUGGAAUAAUUUCUUGGGUCCCAUUCAUGUUUUUGUUGAACAAUGCCACUGAGACUGACAAACAUCUGUCUUUUUCCUUUGCUUUGAAAGAAUUUUCAUCCCUUUUAGAUCUAACCAUUGUCCACUCAAGGCCAAAUGCAUUCUGUAGGCAGGGUUAGUCCAUCUGAGACUGGAUUUUUUUUUGUUGAUGGAGGAUGGUUAUCUUAAACUUUGGUUUUUUUUUUGUGACACUGUCCAACAUCCUCGUGCUGUUUUGCAAGAACAUUGUGGCUGUGUCCAAUUUUUGAAGAGGGGUUUGGAGGGAAUUGCAAACGUAGGGACCAGAUAGUUGGGGGCAUGAUAAAUGGGAACAAAAGUUGCAGAGGUGCCUUUUCGUACUAAAAUGUAACCUUGAGGGGAUUUGGGCCUUCACCAAAUUGGGGGAAAAAUAACCCCUUUUCUCAUUUGUUCCAGCAAUCAAAUGCUUGAAGUGCCCUUCAAUCUUGCGGGAUGAGAUUCCAGCAAGCCCUUGGGGUAAUAUCAAAACUAUGCAGAACUGUAAUGGCUGGGUUCUUGUGUAGAGGUCUUUUUAGAGGUUGAGAUAUUGGGUUAACAACUUCUGAUUUAAAUGAGAUCUGCUAGUUGGGUACUGGUCUUGGUAUUUGUUUUACUCCCAAAGCUUGCUGUGCAUCAAUGUUGGCUUUAUUCAAGCUGGAGGUGGGGGUUGGAUUCCAUGGGUUCCAGGUCUUUCUCCUUCCUACUUGACUUGCUAGAACAGACUUGUCUUUUAUUUAGAGAGAUUGGGAUGGAACUUGUCCUCUGCAGGAUGUGUCAAUUGUCAAUAAUAUACUCUACUUCCGCCCACUUUAAUGGAACCAAUUUUAUAACGUGUAGUUGUUAAAUUACACAAUUAAUGCAUCAUGAGGGCUGCUUAACAUCCCAUCAGUGCCACAAAUUACUGAAUUGUUACUUUACUGGAGUUCAGCUAAGCCAAUACUAUUUCUGUAUUGUUUGACCAAGAUAGUGACCCAUUCUCUAAUUGUAACCCCAUUUUUUUUUUUGCACCUUUAUGCCACCCAGUAAGAAAGAUUGAACUUUUUUUUAAAAAUCCUUAUCUGCUUUGAAACACUUUGCAAAGUGCUCAUGUACUGUCUAGUAUUUGAGAAGUAUGCCCAGGUACAAAUCACUAUAUAUUAAAAGUAUAAUUUUUGGUUUUUCAAUAAAACUAUAUUUUGGUACGUAAAAGAAUUUUAGUGAUUCUUUGGAUUAAUGUUGGUGUAAAUAUUAAUGGUAACAUUCUUAAUGGCACUUGGUGUAGGAGAGGGGAAGGGAUUUUAUAAAACGGGUGUACCAUAGAACAUAUCUGUGGCUGCAACCCCUGCCAUAAUUCAGCCCAAAAAUAAAGCAUAACAGGAGUGAGAUGGGGCAUUUCUUUUAACAUUUGGCUUUGAAGUCCAGCUUCUUUCUUCUGUGUGCUAACUUUCGUGUUUAACCUCAGGGUCCGAAGAGCUCUGGUGUUUGAGGGAGGGUUGGAAGCUUCCUGUGCUUCACAGUAUGUGGCUGCCUGGUUUCUGGAGUGGUUUGAGAGUUGGGAAUAGUUUUGAAUUGUAAGUCUAGUCACUAGACUUGCUUGCACAGUCCUUGAGGACUUGAAGCCCCUGUGCUGCAUGAGUGAAAUGGGGUUUCUUGAGAAUUGGUGAUGUUCAGUAGAGAACUGUAACUCUCCCCCAGUUGAGGGUGGGGAUGCUCAGGUGUGUAGGUGGUGGAGGAAGUGCCAUUGUUUGCUCUAAGUAUUUUGGGUAAAAUUUGUGUACCUGGACAGGUACAUUAGCUGACUGCUGGAGUAGUAUGGCACCAGUGAGUGUAAUAUGUUCCAAUUUAAGAUUGUCGCUACUCUGAAUACCGGUAUUCUUUGUGUGUGUGUGUGUGUGUGUGUGUGCGCAGUAUCUGCAUUGGUCUGGGUCUACUGAAGAUCCAUGCAGUUAGACCCAGUGUCAGCAGAUAACUUUUGAGGGCAAUUUUUACCUGUUAACCUGCCAGGUGAGAAACAGAUGGGGUUAAUUGGAACACUGGUUUCACACCUGGUCUGACACUACUGAGAUUCCAUGGAGUACUGUCUGACCAGAUCUCAUUAGUUUCCUGAUUAGGUUAAAAUUGCUCCCUCAAAGUUGCAAACUGUCUUAACACCAGUGGAAAAGCUGUAACUUGUCUUCUGUUAACUAAUUAUUUUGUCUAUGGAUUUAAAAAAAGUGAUUUUGCUAUUUUCAGAUCUGUAUAUAUUCAUAUGUUUUAAUUUGUUCUAUUUCUGGAUGUAUUAUGUAUAAAUAAAGCUAUCUUUACACAGGC